AUGACCGUCGCACUACCCGCCAAUGUUGACCAACCGAAAAAUGACACUUUCACAUCCCUUCUCUCACAACUCAGGGAUCGAUCUCUCAAGCCCUCCAAAGUGCGCAGCCUAGUGCGCGACAUGACAGCAACUAUAACAAAGAGCCUCCACAUCGACGCACCCAAGGACGAAACGAUAGCUAUCAUCGUGGUGCUCCGCUCUGGUCUAGCCAUGUUCGAUGGCUUCGUGGACAAUGUUCCUGAAGAUGUAUCUACGACCGUCUAUCACAUGGGCAUAUUCAGAGAUCAAGCAUCAUUGCAGCCGGUUGAGUAUUACAAUAAGUUACCCGUGAAGCCGGCGCAUAUCAAGCAGGCCUAUAUUCUGGAUCCCUUGAUUGCCACGGGUGGUACGGCCGCGGCAGUCAUCAGCAUAUUGAAGGAUUGGGGAAUUGAGAAGGUUACAUUCCUUUCUGUGUUGUCUACUCCGGUUGGCUUGGAGCAUGCAGCUGCCGUGUGGCCCGAGGGUAGCCGGUUUGUGGUGGGUGCGGUUGAUCCUGAGGUAGAUGCGAAGGGGUAUGUUCAGCCUGGGGUUGGGGAUAUUGGGGAUAGGCUUUAUGGGACUGCAUUCGAUUAG